GUACUGUUUACCUACCUACGCCACUGCGCUUUGUCAAAAAGCCAACGCACAGCAACAGAGUGAGCAGAGUGUCGACAGACGAGCAACUUGAAAAGUGAAAAGAAGCAGCAGUAAAAGAUAGCCGCUACGAACAGUGUUCCAACAGUUCCAAUUGUGACUAGUGGUCAGCAGCAAUCGAGUAUUCGAGAGUCCUUUUCAUUGUGUCAAACUACGACCCUAGCGAAGGCAAAGUAGUAACAAUAACGGUGGUAAGCAACUAAGGGAGGAACAACAAACUAGUGAAAUGGAUGUUUUUAUGAUGAUCAGACGAAAGAAGAUAACAAUCUUCACCGAUGCCAAAGAAACGACACCAGUGCACGAACUCAAGCGCAUGAUAGAAGGAAUUCUGAAGGUGGCUCCCCGUGAUCAGCGUCUUUACAACAAGGACAACCAGCUCAUGGAAGAUGAACGAACGCUCCAAGAUUGUGGUAUAACUGUUGCUACUGCUAAGGCGCAAUGUCCAGCCCAGCUUGGCCUUGCCAUCCGCGAAAAUAGUAGUGACUUUGAGGCCCUUGAAAUGACUCCCUAUUCGUUGCCACCGGAUCUACCAGAUGUGAUGAAGAAUCAAGAUACGGCUAAUGGACAAGAUCAACUUGCCUAAUAGAUAGCUCUCCAUAGGCUUUCUUCAUCCUUUUCCUACGCCACGCGUCAUUAUUAUAGUUGCAUCUUUUUUUUUUGAACAUUUAAACUCGGAUUCAAUAUAACAAAGGACUAAAAAGUAAAAAUCCGACAGAGAUAGUGUCCCGAAUGAGCCGUUUUAAAAUAUUUUUCGAUAAUGGAACAUAUUUGCACUUCCAUUCAAUGGUCAUAUAGCUGAGAAUUGUGUAACAAGGCAGGUCCAUUUAUUAUUUCAGUGUGAGAAUAAAUUAUGCACUGUACAUGGCGUGUAGCCAAAGAAAUGAAAAAAGAUUUGCGUCGUUAAUCUUUGUAUGUAUUUUUUGUUUUUAAUUAAAUUAUGAAUUAAAUAAAGCAUAAUAAAUUACGCUUGAUUGGGUAAAUUAGUUUUUUUUUUCAUUUGAAAAGUAAUUUACUACUAUUUUGAACAUAAUUCAAUUAUUUGUGAAAUACUUACAUCUGUCUGAAUUAAAACGACUAUUUAGUAAUAA